GCCACGGGCGCUCUGCAGCAGACGCUCGAGGGCCAUACACACUGGGUUUCGUCAGUGGCCUUCUCCCCCGAUGGCCGACUGCUGGCGUCUGGCUCGUGGGAUAAGACAGUCCGGCUCUGGGAUCCGGCCACGGGCGCUCUGCAGCAGACGCUCGAGGGCCAUACACACUGGGUUUCGUCAGUGGCCUUCUCCCCCGAUGGCCGACUGCUGGCGUCUGGCUCGUGGGAUAAGACAGUCCGGCUCUGGGAUCCGGCCACGGGCGCUCUGCAGGAAACCUUGAGCACUAGUGGUUUUGUCACGGAACUCGCAUUUUCUCAAGAUGGCUCCUAUCUCGGCACUAACCUAGGAUCAUUUAAGAUUCAAUCCAGAUGUGGAGAUCCUAUCUUCAGUACACCUAUUAUGAGCCCAGAGAUAUCUCUACAGCGUGAAUGGAUAGCUUUGAAAGGGAAACAAGUCUUAUGGCUCCCUCCCGAGGCUAGGCAUUCUUGUUCAGCGAUCAGAUUCAAUACACUUGCCUUAGGACAUGCGUCAGGCCGCGUUUCCUUCAUAGGAUUUCGGAAAUCAUAG